AGAUGCAGCUGGAGGUGAGCAAAAGCAAGCGCCUGGUCACCGCAGCUGGCUGCAUCAGCUGCGACUCGGAACACAUCCAGAAAGGUCGGCUGCACAUGGAGACCGAGACCAUGAUGGCGGGGAGCCGACGGCUCCAAGGGAGUCCGGUGCUUCAGACGGUGACAGUCACUGCCAAGUUGUUGGUUUGGAAGGAUUUCAAGGUUGGACACCUAGAUCCUCGAAAAGGCUUCAACAGCAUCGUGCCCAACAGGGUGGAUGCCAUCGUCACAGAUGCCCGGUGAAGUGGUGGAUUUCUGGUCUGAACAUCACCUGAACAACUGGGCCAAUUUCCACCUGACCCGAAUGGUGGUUUAGUGAUGUUGAGUGGAAGAAAUGACAGUCACAAAAAAACAACAAAAAAUACAUGCAAUCCCAAGAUGGAGCCCACUGCAAUUCAUCUUCCGCCUGUAUUUCCACCCAACUGAUUGCAGAGAAACGUCCAAUGAGAUCGAUCAAGACUGCAUUGGCACUGAGCCUUUGAUCCACACCAUUGGCACCAGGCACAUGUGGCCUUCAGAUCCGCAGCCCGCCAUGACUCGCACCACCUGUGCUCAGUUCAACGAAACAGAAGUGGUGUGGUCCGAAGCAGUUACGGAGAUCUAUGGGAAGAAGGUGCAUGUGGAUUGUUUCUCCUCCCCAAGCUGCGGAACUGGCGUGCAACGCACGACCUCAACGGUGCUUCAUGCCCCGGAUGUCUGGGGCACCUUUGCUGAUGCCAUGUUUUUCCUAUGGAUCUGUUUGCUGAUUCUGGUGGUUGCCAUCACUCUUGCAGAGCCUUUGGUGGCAUUUGGAACUGCGAGGCUCAAUCCCUUGCGCUCCCGUGAGCGGCUGCAUGGAUCAUGUUGGAUCAACGUCCAUGAGAUGUGA